GACGUACCCCCCGCCGACAGUCCCGACGCCCACACAAGACCGCCCUCACGAGAGACGGUGGCCUCAGACUACCCAAGAAGUCCCUCCAUGUCAGAGAUGAGGUGGGUGAAGGGCUGCUUCCGGGGCGAGAGCGUGGACACAGCCCCAUUACGGCCUUCUGGGUAUGGGUGGUGCAGAAAAAGAAGUGCGCCUGCAGCCGCCCCACCCCACCCCCCGCGCACGCGCACUCAGGACUUCCUCGCGCGUCCCUGGAGGCUCUGCUUAUGCGCAUGGGGCGGCCCCUCCACCUGCUAGUAGCCCCCGCCUCCUGGGCUGCCUAGUGCUGCUUCGCGCACGCGCACCUCGGGCUUUAGCCGCUGUAGCCCCGGCAGACCCGGGAUGCUGUGCGAGCGGCGCGAAGCUUUUACCUGCAUCCAUUCCUUCUCACUUCACAAUGGAAUUGGGCCAAGCUAGUCAACCAGCGGCCGCGCAGAGCCGAGGCCCUCGCCGGGAGCAAAUUGACUGCUCCAGUUGGAUCAAGGGUGUGAAGGAGAAUGGAGGGACCAUGCAAGGGGCUGUCGACUGGGGAGAGGGAGUUGAAGAUGCUCAGGGCGGCAUGACUGCGAGCCAUUAGGUUGCAGACAAAUGACAUUCGUCACGGGUGGUUCGCCCGAGCCUGGAAUGCAAGUCCUUGAACCGUGGGUGGGUUUCUGUCCUCUUGGCCUACGGGCCCCGUGGUCCAGAACUGCGACCUGAGCGGCGGCCGCGCAUGAGCAGUGUGCGGAGAGACUCCGCAACCUCUGUACCUGGCUGGUGCUUAGCCCCAGAGCAAAGCCAGGCUGCGUAAGGAGGAUGCUGAAAUAAUACUAACCGUCAACAUGUCUGGCUGGUUAUUCCUUCUUAGCCAUCGUUGGAAAAAUUCUUUUUUGUCCCUGUUUCUAUUUCGUGUUCUUUUAUAUGGUAUAUUCAUGUUUAAGGACAAGGAUUGGCCCUUUGGGAAGCGGAAAUAAUAAAUCUUUAAGACAACAAA